UGAUAACUCUGUCCAGUCGUCAUCAGCUCAGCAGCUAUCGUUGAAAAGGAAACGGCAAAAACCGAAAAAAAUUUGCAAAGCAGAUUGGUGUCGGAUUCGAUUUAUUUGGAGCUCGGAGCUACUAAGAGAAAAGAAUUAAACAUUUUGUCAAUAUUGCUGAAAAAUUGCUGCUAAAAUAUUACAAAAUCCAUAUAUUAUUAUAAAACAAUUAUUUAUUUCAAUUUUGGUUGGAAGUUUGAAAAGAAGGCAAAAGUGAAAAAGAGACUGAAAGGGAACAGCAAAAGAUUGCAGAGCCGCAAUUUUUCUAGUAACUCGUAAAAGGUGAUAUUCAGAUAUGGAGAGUCCUUGUGAAUCGGAGAGCUCCCUAGACGGAGGUACCAUGCUUCCACCCAGUCCAGUGUCUCGAGAGCAGUUACAAAAACGCAUCGAAUCGUUGACACAACAAAAUAAAGUACUCAAGGCUGAACUAGAUACAUUUAAGAUUAAAUGCAAAGUGGUGCAGGAGGAGAAUCGUGCACUCAAGCAAGCGUCCGUUAUAAUUCAAGCGAAAGCGGAACAGGAGGAGGAGUACAUAUCGAAUACACUUCUAAAGAAAAUUCAAGCCUUAAAGAAAGAGAAGGAGACUUUAGCACACCAUUACGAACGAGAAGAGGAGUGCUUAACCAAUGAUUUAUCGCGUAAAUUAGAUCAGCUUCGGCAAGAGAAAUGCAAGCUAGAGCAAACUCUUGAACAGGAGCAGGAAUGUCUUGUUAACAAGCUAAUGCGCAAAAUUGAGAAGCUACAAGCCGAAACGGAUAAUAAACAAACCAAUUUAGAGCAAUUGCGUAGAGAAAUGGUGGAAUUAGAAAAUACAUUGGAACAAGAGCAGGAAGCCUUAGUUAAUAAGCUCUGGAAACGUAUGGAUAAACUCGAGACCGAAAAGCGUUUAUUGCAAAUUAAACUGGAUGAACCAGUUUCCGAUCCAACUACACCACGUGAUAUAACCAAUGCCAAUGGUGACACUGCCUCUAAUUUAAGCGCUCACAUACAGACUUUACGUUCCGAAGUAGUGCGAUUGCGUUCCAAUCUCGCGGCAGCACAAAAGGAGGCCACUAAGAAAUUACAACAAUUUGCACAAGAAGAAAAGAGUAUACGCGAAGAAAAUGCACGCUUGCAGCGCAAAUUGAAAUUAGAAGUAGAACGCCGUGAAGCACUGUGUCGCCAUCUAUCCGAAUCGGAAUCAUCGCUUGAAAUGGAUGAGGAGCGGUUCUACAAUGAAAAUUUAUUAGGCGCCGUAGGCACCGCUGGUGGUUUGGGCAAUGCAGCUGCUGGUGCUGUGAACACACGUCAACGCACGAUCAGCAGCCCCGUUUCGCAUAGUCCAUCGAAUAGUCGGCCACUUAGUCCAGGUUCAGUACACCAGAACCGCUGUUAUGCCUGUGGUCAAAUUGUGAAUCGCCGUGCCAGUGAACGUUUCAUUAAACCAGCACUACCCACACCCAUGCUGGGUCUCAACACUUCAGCUCCUAAUGUGCUCAGUGGUAGUUCGCUUUUGGGCUCAGCCGGCAGUGGUGGUGUCGGCAGCGGCAGCGGCGGCGGUACAAAUCCCAAUUUAACUAGCGCUACUUUAAACUCUUCCACGCUUUUUGGCGGCACUGGUGGUUUCUUACAGAAUUUGAAUGCAGAACGUUUAAGUAUUGGCGGCGGUGCGAGCGGCAGUGCCGCAUUGCUCGCAAGCAGCAAUAAUGUCAGCAACAACAUGAGUUUGAACACUAUUAACAAUGGCACUGCGUCGUCACUGCAGCAGGCUUCCAAUCCAAUCAAUAUUAGUAUCAAUAAUUCGUCCGCUAAUCUAACGAAUAGCAUGAAUACCAGUAAUUCGUCGUUGUCUGCAUUUACACCAACAAACACCAACUCAUUCACUUCUUUUGCACAGCCAGCCAGUCCCAUGGAUACGUCCGUAUAUAAGGAGUAAAAAAAAAACAGUGUCAGUGUUUAAAAUUUUUCUUAAACAACAGCACGGCAGACGUUGAAAACAAAUGACCGCAAGAAAACUGUUAUUUCGAUUAUGGAAUGAAAUGGAUUUCGAAUUGACUUGAAUGUUAUGAUUAUUUUUUUUAAGAAUUAUCGGUUUACUGCAACAUUUAGUUAAACUGGUCAGGAUAUUAAAUUAUGCAAACGAAUGAAAGACGAAUAGCUCGCUAAAAGAAAUAUAUAUAUAUUAUUAGUUAGAAACACGAGCAUAACAACAAUAAAUUUAUAAUGGACUAUAAAUAAUGACCAGCAACUGAUUUUGCAACAAAUAUGGUUAAAAUGGCGAAAUGCUACAUUUCAAGUAUAACCACAACGAUUUAAAAAUACAAAAAAUACAAGAAAGAUUUACCUGUACGUACUACAUUACAACAAUCAAAGCUCACUCGCUCAUUAACUAAAACUUCUUGCUGCAUUCGCGAAGCAUGCAUACAUACAAACAUACGCAUACAUAUACUAUAUGGAAUAUGCUACGUUAGCUUAUAGAGAGGUAAACGCAUUAAUUUGCUCAAAUUCCAGCAGCAAUAUAAAGGAUAUUUAAGCACUCGACGAAAAUUCGGAACAUUGUGUUUGUACCGGCAACAUCUACUACGCACACACACACACCCGUAUACGUAAAUGCCUAAAACAAUUUUAAUUGACUUAAAUCGCGCCGUCGUGGCAGUGAAUUUUCCCCAAACAAACUGGUAAACUGGUAUUUCCUUAAAAUACUUGCAAUAUUUGGUGGAUGUGUGUAUUUUUAGUGAAUUUUUCUUAUUGUAAUUUGUUUUGCUACACUCAAUUUACCUAAUAACUUAUACGUAUAUAACUAUAGCUCUACCGCAAACAAUACGAUUACAAAUUAUAUAAAACAAACUUCAAGGUAGUCCUUUAGUUGUAAAUGCAUACAUAGAUACAUUGAACAAACAGCAGCGGCAAAACGCUGUUAUGCAGUUGAAAAAAAUAUAUAUGCAUUAGGGUGUACGUUAUUUUCCCAAGAUUUUUUUUUUUUUCAAACGCACACUGAAGUUUCAGUCUUAUUGAUUUUGUCCAUAAAAAUACAACUUCAAGAUUUAUGCGCGGUCAAAGUUAUAUGUACAUAUGUACAUCAAAUGUAUUGAGCAUUCACACCAGUGAUUUAUACAUUCUGUGUUGCUCAUACGACAUGGUGUACUGUAUGAAUACAGUACAUAAAAUCCAUAAUUUUAAGUGCAUAAAAGUUCGAACAAAGAUUUUGAAAAAAAUUAUUCAAACUUUUUUGUAGAGUGGAAAUUUUUGUACUAUAAAAUCAUAUUUUCAAAGUAGUAGACUUAUUUGCUUAGAAGAAAAAAAUGUAUGGCAAAACACCAAUAAUCUCAUAUAAAUUGCAAACAUGGGAACA